GUUGGUUUUUUGAGUUUGCCUUUCCCCAGAGGAAAUGAGGCAUCUGUUCAGGUGCUGGUUUUUCACUUCCACACAGGAUGUUCCAUCAGCUUCGCUAGCUUGGCCGGGGUACGCUUUCCUUGGUUAAAGAGUGGCAGAAGGCACACAGGGGGAGCGUUUCCUCGUGACAUUAUACGGGAGGCAGAUUUUUUGAAAGGAUUACCGGUCUACAACAAAAGCAACUUCAGCAGAUUCCAUGCGGAUUCUGUAUGUAAAGCAUCAAAUAGAAGACCAUCGGUAUAUCUUCCCACGAGAGAAUAUCCAUCCGAACAAAUCAUAGUAACAGAAAAGACAAAUAUACUUUUGCGUUAUUUACAUCAGCAGUGGGACAAAAAGAAUGCAGCAAAGAAGAGAGAUCAAGAGCAAGUGGAAAUAGAAGGUGAGAAUUCGGCGCCACCACGGAAAAUCGCUCGGACAGACAGCCAGGAUAUGAACGAGGACACUUAAACUCUUGGCUUUCUCCUCGACUACUUUGCAGGCGCUUCCUGUUUUGUCUCAAAGUGUGUAAAUUUUGCCCCUUGCCCCCAUCUCUCACCCCUCCACUAUGCAGCCCAAACCACUUCUGACUUCAUAGGAGCCAAUGUAUUUAUUUUUUUUUCCUCUCCAUUUUUUUAUUUAUGCCGUAAAACUUACGGAGCAGUGGUGGAACAAUUCAGUAAAUGGUGUAGUAUAACCUUAGUUCCUCCUUUCUAAAAAUAUACACUGUCACUUUCACAGGUUUUGUUGAAUCUGUUACCUAAUCAACCAGAUCUAGCUGUGGGAGCCUGGGUGGGAGCCACGGGUUAUUACAGAACCCUUCAGUGGUAUAGGCUUUCCGAUUCAUGUACCCGUUGACAUAUUCCAGACAUAUUCCAAGUGGUUAACUCUUCUUUGGAUGUGCCCAGUCCAGCCGUAAGUGUGGGGCCUCGCUAUUUCUCGCAAAUAUUUGGAAACUGGCACUGCACUAAAAAAAAAAAUCAUGGGUGUCAUUUAGGGUUAUGUUGAUCUUGGCAAACGUGUUGUUGUCAACUUGAUCUAUCGGUUGUAUUCUUUUGGUCUGUUCUGUAAGGGCCACGGUCAUUUGGCAGCGUACGUUAUCUCAUGCAUCAGUGGUCAUGGAGAGUUCAAGUGAAAGGUGUGUUGCUUUUGUUGCUCUUAAAUUCUAACCGUCUCUUGGUCUUGAACGGACUGACAUGUGCAACUUCUCCGUUGGAAUAAAAGGAUACUCUUGUCCUAUUCCGAGUAUUUGCCUAACAGUGUAUGUAAGCACCGGCUGAUGGAAUGGAGUUGGGCAGGCACCCUGCAGGCAGCGCUUGGCUGGAUGAGUCUGAGAGCACCUCGGCGACUAGAUCUAGUUCUCUGUCUCAACUGCCGGCUCUGAAUAAUGGUACGUUGUAUUUUCCUGCGAUAUCGUCAUGUCUGGAAUGAAGUCCAGGACUUGGAGUUGAUCAAAAUGUGAGCUUCCAUGGUCUCUGAUGAAGACCAAUCUCUUUUGGACUGUGACAGUUCAGUGCCUGUCGCCUGUAACCCUUCACUGACUCUUCAAUAAGAGCCAAAAUGGAGACCUGUAAGUCGUCUAGGUGGAUUCAGAAGUUCAGAGACUAAAAGGAAACGAGCAUCAUCACCUGAAGGGGACAGGAAAGGUGUAGCUUAGUAAUGAUGUCUUGUCUGCUUUAACGUAAGAAGCUGACUUCACACUGUGUUAGUUUAAAUUGUUGCAUUUAUAGCUGUGGUUUUUUUUCUCGUUGACAAAUCCUAAAUGCCAAUUCAAGAAAUCGCACGAAUGUUUUUCUAGAGAUCCUGGAUAAGCCUCGUUUUGAGUGGCUGUGGCGGCCGCGAGCUUUGAGGGUUUCUGCUGUCCCCUUGUCCACGGCAUCCCUGUCCAACCAGGGGACGCCACGUCUUCAGGUUUGGGGGCGAAGGGAACACGAAGGGAGAGAAACUGUUGCUGACGACCGUAUGUUGCAAGGCAGAACCUUAGGAAGAGCAGGGCACAGCUCGCGUUGCAUUUUUAAGUAUACAUUAGGCACCAAGUUUCUGAUGCAGUGAGUGAAUUUAACUUAACACUGAGUAGUUUUAGAACUUUGUAUCUGCCUCAAAAAACGUUACCUUUUUGCUAUGGCAGUAACCUCCAAAUUACUGGAAUGUCGUUGAAAAUGCCAACUGUGUUGGUGAAGAUAAAAUACACUUGGGUUUCCGUGUGAUUUACUGGCGACUGCAAGAGGACUCCUCCCAGAGUUGCGCUGUCAAAAAGUGCUUUUGUGCGAAGCGCAAGACGUUGACUGAAGAUGCCGUGUUAGCGCCCGGCCUCGCGGGGAUCAUCUGAAGCUGAAACUGAAGAAUCCUCUGAAGAGCCCUGAGAUACCAAAAGAGGAAACGAACGUGCAGCUGGUGGUAAAGUGUGACCAAUUUGUGUGUUUAGCAAAGCUUGAGAGCUGCGACCUUGCAGUAAUGUUUGUACAGUGCUUUAAAGUUGUAAAAUGCUGUAUAAUUCUCGAUUGAUACGGCAAGGUUUGAGCUUUGCUGACUUCUCUGCUAGACAGAGUGAUGUACUAUUAAAGAGAGUUGGCAGUU